GGGAUCAAAUCUUGGGUCGUGUCGUUCGCGGGGGGAAAAUUCAGCCUCUUGUACACUUUUCCCUGUGACACCUCCCAAAAGCCAACCCAUAUACCACUCACAAUGCUCGCCAGACGCUCUCUCCUCGCUGCCAGAACAUUUGCUGCGCCCCUCAGACAACGCACUCCUCUUUUUCUUUCCGCUCGUAACCUUUCCACCGCAACGGCGCCUUUAUCACAGUCCACUUCCACCACCACUCAAUACACCCAGCCCGAAGCUGCCGAACCCGAAUUCGAUCUUGCCGGUAGAAGAGAAAAAUGGUACCACAUUAUGCGAACUAGACAAGGAGAGUUGCCAGUGUACGCAAAGUAUAGAAAUGACGGUGGUUGCAAGACUAUCGUGAGGAAGAUUGAGGGUGACUCUCACACUCUCAAGGACCAGCUGAACGAAUGGUUUGAGCAAUCUCACCUCGAUCCCUUCACGCGACCCCCACAAGCCACCGUCAAGCCGACGAACGGUGAAGUGCAAAUCAAGGGACAUUGGGUUGAGGAGAUCAAGGACUUUUUGUCUGAUCGAGGGUUCUAGACGCUGCAUCUUGCAUUUCUUUGUUCAUGGGUAUUACAUGUAUGAGAUAGAUCAGAGACUGACUGAGAGAAAGUGAGACACGGCGCCGAGGCUGGCCAUGGUAAAUGGUUGGUAGAUGGAAUAAAACGGGCAGAAUUGGUGUCGGAUUGGUGGAUAUUCUCUGUCUGGACGGAUUGUUGUUUGG